AUGGAGUGUCGGCAUGCUCAUCUAGACACUCUCCACCCCCCAAGACCUAACCAGAGUGUCUACCGCGAAGACUGCACCCAGUGUUUCGAUUCCAUAGACGAUGAAGCUGGCCUCGACGUCUGCCUGCAUUGCUUCAAUGGUGGCUGCGCUGGCGAUCGCAAUCACUCUCAGAUGCACUACUCAUCUACAGACCAUCCACUGGUGCUAAACAUCAAACGAACCCGGAAACAGGUCCAAAGAGACGAACCCCCUCCAAAGCUUACCAAACUCGCCAUCGCCGCCGAGACAGAGGAGGACAAAUAUGAUACAGUCACAAGAGUCAAGUGCUAUGCCUGCCAAAUGCAAGAUGUGAAUAAGAACUCGGGCAAUCUUCCUUCAGUUGUGGACGGAGUCAUGAAGGCCAUGACCUUUGCCAAAUCGGAAGAAGUCAAGGCAUGGGAGCAAGAGUUUACGCCAUGUGAACAUACACUCUGUCUAAAGCAAAAACCUAGGCGAAAAAUCGAAUCACAAAACCUGGGCUCAUGUUCCAUGUGCAAUUUGAAGGAGAACCUGUGGCUCUGCCUGGAAUGUGGCAACCUGGGAUGUGGUCGUGCACAGUUUGGUGGCAUUGGUGGCAACUCCCACGGUCUGGGUCAUGCAACGGAGACUGGUCAUGCUGUAGCCGUCAAGCUCGGUUCCAUCACUCCAGAAGGUAGUGCCGACGUCUAUUGCUACCAGUGUAAUGAGGAACGAGUCGACAUUGAGCUCGCCAAACAUCUUGCUCACUGGGGCAUCAACAUCGCUGAACGGGAAAAAACCGAAAAGAGUCUGAUGGAGAUGCAGGUCGAGCAGAAUCUGAAAUGGGACUUCUCCAUGACAACGGAGGAUGGUAAGGAGCUAUCUCCACUCUUCGGCCCGGGUUUUACAGGUCUGAAGAAUAUCGGCAACAGUUGCUACCUUGCAAGCACUGUCCAAUGCUUGUUCGCAUUACCAGAUUUUCAACAGCGAUAUUACCACCCUGAAGAGCCACCUCCAGCCACUGAGCUCCCUGCCGAAGACUUAGAGACGCAACUGCGGAAGCUCGCCGACGGUAUACUCUCCGGCCGCUAUUCUCGCCCCGAAAACAACGUUCAUUCCGCUUCCGACAACCCAGAAGUGCCACAUCAGAAGGGUCUCUCCCCUGCCAUGUUCAAACAUUUAAUCGGACGAGGACACGAGGAGUUCUCGACCAUGAGACAACAAGAUGCCUUUGAAUUGCUGCUCCAUCUCUUCAAGCUCAUCAACAUCUCCAACGGCUCUCGUCCUUCAGAAGACCCUGUUCAGUCAUUUCGCUUCGCACUGGAGCAACGCUUGCAGUGCCUGAACUGCAAGCGAGUGCGAUAUAGGACUGAUGAGCAAGACAAUAUCUCCAUUCCUGUGCCGGUCCGGAGGAAACCGGCAGUCAACGGUGACGGUGGAACAGCAGAUACAGUGAAGGGUGCCGAAUUCGAGCCUGUUUCACUCAAGGAAUGCCUAAACAUCUUCACGGCUUCCACUUCCGUGGAAUUGACCUGCCCUGCUUGUGGCUCAAAGGCUGGAUUUUCGAAGUCAUCCAAGUUCAAGACGUUCCCUCGCAAUCUUGUAAUUAAUCCUCUUCGCUUCGAAAUCAUCAAUUGGGUGCCUACCAAACUCGAUGUCCCUGUUCAGGUGCCAGAUGAACCGUUCGACUUGAGUACGUACAAAUCUGAGGGAUUGCAACCCGGCGAAGAGGAAUUGCCUGAAGAUGCAGACGUGGGACAGACUAAAUUGUCUUCGGUCGCAUUCGUCCCGAACGAGGCAGCCCUCGAGCAACUUGCGUCAAUGGGAUUUCCUCUAGUACGAUGCGAAAAAGCACUACACGCCACGGGCAACGCAGACGCCGAGGCAGCCAUGAAUUGGCUGUUUUCGCAUAUGGAUGACCCCGACAUCGACGAACCUUUAAAUAUUGGCAGUGGCGGUGGUGGUGUUUCAGGCGACGAUGCUGACAAGAUUGCUCAGCUUGGGGAUAUGGGGAUUAGUGUGCCACAGGCGCGGAAAGCUUUACGAGAAUGCAAUGGGGAUGUCAACCGAGCUCUAGACUGGGUUUUCAGCCACCCAGAUGACCAAGGAGAUUUCAGUGAUGAUGUGCCUACCGCUCCCAGUCAACCAAAGGCGCUGCCCGGCAGUGAUCAGCUACCCGCCAAGUUUGAACUCCAGAGUAUUGUCUGCCAUAAAGGUGCCAGCAUUCACGCCGGUCAUUAUGUAGCAUUCAUUCGGAAGGCGAUUCCAGGCGAAGGUAAGGAAAGACAGUGGGUACUUUUCAAUGACGAGAAGGUCGUCAAGGCGGUGGACGUGGACGAAAUGAAGAAAUUCGCAUACAUCUACUUUUUCCGCAUGACAUGA